CUGAAGUGAUCCUGCUUACCUGCCGGUAUUUGAUUUGUUCUCGGGUCUUUCUCCAUUAUCAGAAAGCGAGUAUGCCACUUGGGCAGCAAAGUUGCCCAAGGAGGUACCGAUGUUCCGUUCUUGCGCUCAUGUACAGAAGCGCUGUUCAUCUUUCCUAUUACAUAUCCAGUGUAUUUCUUCCUAACUUCACAGUGUGCCGUUCAAUUUCUACGAAUUCGGAUCUUUGGGUACUCUUUACCAUGGCUUCCACCGAUCCUCGGUACGGGAGCCUGAACUCAGCAGCACCGGAAUUUUACCCACCUCUACCUCCACAUCCACAGGCCACCUGGAGAUCCGACUCAGAUCAUGUCGCUCACCGCACUGUUCUCGACAGAUUUGAAGAACAGUGGCGAUCUUCUCAAGGAAGGGUAGUUCCUAUUGAGAAUAUAAAUAGUCCACCGCUUGACUAUGCAAGGACCCACAGCCCUAUUCUACCCUCUGCGAACGCACCUUUCUAUGUCCCUAGGCAAUAUGAGUCUCCUGUGUACCAGCACCGAGACCGACAGGAUAGGAUUACAUCUCCUGGUCCCGAACCAGUAUAUCGAGAGCAAAACUAUGUUCAAGUGAACCAAGCUCCAAGACCUCCUGUCAUACGCCCCUCUGUCCCAGGCUACCAGCCAUGGCAGCGAAUUCCAGAUAUGGAAAGAUCAUCAGAUUAUUCGAGACCUCCAUUCAACUCUCCUCAAGCCUAUCAAGACCGUGUCGCACCUCGUCCUGCCACUGUGCCUCCACAACAAUAUCGACAGCAGCUUCAGCCCAGGCAUACCAGACCAGAAUCUCGCUCCAGAAGACAUAAUCCAUACACCGAGUCUCGUCGCAGACGGAGGUCCACAAGUUCUCAGCCGAGACACCCUCAGAAGAGGAGGUACACCCCUCCUCAACAUAACCAAAGGCAGUUUCCAAGCAGGCCAUCUUUGCUUUGAUUAAUUCAUAAUGCCUUUUUUGGAGUGCGAUACAUUUGCCAAAUGACUUUCGCCUUAUUAUAGAGGACAUACC